AUGCCAUCGUAUAUUCAGCCCACAUCCCAGUCUUUCUUCCUCCCGGACCUCCUCUCCUUGUCCACGCCUUUCAAGGGCUCGACGAACCCUCACUACGCGCGUGCUGCGGCCGAAUCCCGCGCUUGGGUUGCCAAGUAUGCACACAUCUUCGGUGAUCAAGAGCGUGCGGCGUUCGCGAUGGGGUGCAACGAACUCCUGGUCGCGCAUACCUAUCCUCGCGCGGGCUUUGAAGAGUUCAGGACUGUCUGUGACUUCGUCAAUCUUCUCUUCGUGGUCGAUGAAGUUAGCGACAAGCAAAGCGGCGCAGAUGCCCGCGAGACCGGUAGCGUCUACCUCAAUGCGAUGCGCGACGCCGACUGGGAUGAUGGUUCGGUCAUCUCGAGUAUGACGAAGGAGUUUCGCGCGCGUCUCGUUCGUAGCUGCGGCCCGCGUUCGUUCGCACGCUUCCUCCAACACAGCGCAGACUAUGUUGCAUGUGUGGCGCGGGAAGCCGAACUGCGCGAGGCGAACACCGUGCUCGAUCCCCGCGGUUUCCGCGACUUGCGCAGGGAGAACAGCGCCAUCCGCCUCUGCUUCGGGUUGUUCGAGUACACACUAGGCAUUGAUCUACCAGACCGAGUGUUCGAGGACGAGGCCUUCCAGGCGCUGUACUGGGGCGCGGCGGAUAUGGUGUGCUGGGCAAACGACGUUUACUCGUACGAUAUGGAGCAGUCCAAAGGUCACACAGGGAACAACAUCGUGACUGUGCUCAUGCGAGCAUACGAUCUCAGCCUACAAGAGGCCAGCUCACGCAUUGGCGAGGUGUAUUCGGAACUCAUGCGCGCCUAUGUCGACGCCAAGGCUCUCAUCCGCGCGCAUUCCUUCGGCGAUGCCAGGCUCAACGCAGAUGUAGCUCUGUACAUCGAGGCUAUGGAAAAUUGGCCGAUUGGCAACAUCGUCUGGAGCUUCGAGACGGUGCGGUAUUUCCCGAAGCCGACGGAGGUCAAGCGGACUGGGCUCGUCAUCUUGAGAAGGCCUUCAUACGAGGAUAGCGACGUUUCAUCUGAAGCUUCGGAUUAG